GAAAAAGCAUGAUCAGUAAAGAGCUAUCCAUCAUCUUAUAACAAUGAAUAUGAUAGCCGAAUUACUAUUGACGGUAGUCUGUUUUGUAGCAGCAGCACUGAUACCACUUGUGAGCUUAAGCCUUAUCAAUGGAUGUUCUUGGACAUGGUCGUGGACCUCAUGCUCAUGGUCAUGGUCGAGUUCAUGGCGCCUACCAUUUGUGACUCUCUCCCUCCAUGAUUCUGCUCUGGGAAGACUGCUCUCUUGCUUCAACAGCCACAUACAAAGAGUACUAUCCGAGUUAGUCGACGACUCUUAUCCUCCUGCUGAUCAGGAACAAGAACCUUGUUUAGUGAAUGAAGAAGAUUUGAAAGUAUUGGUUUCUCAUAUUGAGGAGACUGACGGCGGUCCACCUUGGAAUCUCAUGAUGGAGCAGUCUAUUCCUUCCUUGACAUACAAAGCUUGGUAUCGUGAUCCACCGUUAGGCCCGACACAGUACCGUACUAAAACAGUUUUCGAAAAUGUAUCACCAGAGGUAUUGAGGGAUUUCUUCUGGGAUGAUGAAUUCAGACCCAGGUGGGAUAAGACGCUCAUUCACGCCAAGGUUCUAAGCGUUUGCCUCCAAACUGGUACCAUGAUUGUUCAUUGGAUUAGAAAGCUACCACUACUCUGCUGCAAUCGAGAAUAUAUCAUAAUCCGUCGCAUUUUUGAAUCUGCAUCAGGGUAUUAUUGCGUGACAAAGGCAACACCAUAUCCAUCCAUACCAAGGCUAAGAAAACCAAAACGAGUAGAUGUCUAUCAUUCAAGUUGGCAUAUAAGGCCAGGUAUGUAUUUAACUUCAUUUUUGUCACGGUUUCUGUUCACUAGUAGAAGUCUAUUGCGCUCAAGCAUUACAUCGAAAACCUAUCUUUCAGUGAAACCCAGGAAUGCAGAUCAGCAAAUGGGAUCAGAAGUGCUUCUAUUUCACUACGAAGACAUAGGUCUCCCAAGAGAGGUUGUCAAAAUGGGCGUCAGGGCAGGAAUGUGGAACAUGGUAAAGAAACUACAUUUAGGAGUUCAGGUUUACAGUAUGGAAAAAGCAAAUGAUGAAUCUCCUUCAUUCCAUGCAAUUUUGGCACACAUAACUACAAAGCUUCCGGCUUCACCAUCCACAAUCAUGUAUCACAUCCCAGAAGUCGAAGCAUAUGAGAAUGCAUGCCAGAGCCAAAAUCCACAAGAACAAGUAACAGAGUUCAUAGUUCAGUAAAUGCAAAAUGGAAAAUAAGAAGUCGCUAGCUCCCUCAGAACUUGUAAAACUUGUCUUCAACAUUAUAUUUUCAGACAAGGCUGAAACUUAUAUAGUAGUGUUCAUCACUGGGAGCCAGAAGCUUUGUAUCAAAACAUGUUAUUUCAUUAUGUAUCAAAACAUGUUAUUUGAUUAU